GCACACACCGGCCGGGCUGCCGUCAUUUGACACGGCUAGCGUGUGGGCAGGGCCGCCCCCUCACGUUGAUGCAGGAAGCCCUGGGAGCCAGCCUGCUCUGAGCGUUACCAGGAGGAAGUGCGCCGGACACGCUGGCGCCACACAGCGACCAGACAGCGCCAGAGCCCCGCAGCAGCAGCCGAGGAGCCCAGCCCCGCGCCUACCUGGACCCCCGGGGCAGUCGGUGUGCGCGGCAAGCUUGAAUGAUCGCUGGAACCGUGAUCCUCCCCCCAUCUCCUGCCCCCCGCAGGGCCCCACUCUGCAACUACUGCUCCGUGUCCGCACUCAAGCCUCAGGAAUGCCGAGCGGUGGCCGCAGGGCUCCCCGCCUGCCGACAGUCUCCGUGCGGGCUGGGAUCUAACACGAUGCACUCGCCUGGGAACUGCAGGGCUGCACAAUGCGCAAAACGGAAAACGCCGCCGGCGAACACCACCACCACCAGGACUGCGAAGCCGAUGAGUUUUCCGAUGAGAUCAACGCCGAGAACUUCUACGGCACCUCUCCCCCGUACAACUCCCGGCAGAUAAAACGCAUGUCUGCCAAGCACCAGCGGAGCGGUCCGGCGGGGAGAGCCGUCAGCCGCACCGUGUUCAAAGAAAAAAUGACUACACCGAAUCAGACGCCUCACAAAGAAACUGGCAAAACCAUCGAAAAUGUAGAAGAUCAUAGCUAUCGCCAAGAGAAAAAGAACAGAGUUACACUUAGGACAACUGAGCGAGAUCUAAAAAAGAAUGUUCAAUCCUCAUUUGUACUGGACACAGGCAGUGGUUCCUUGUUAAAAAAAUCUAUUACAGAUGUUGACCUUAAUAAACCUUACCUCAGCCUUGGCUGCAGCAGUGCCAAGCUACCUGUGUCUGUGCCUGUUCCAAUAGCAAGAACCACACGGCAGACUUCUAGAACGGACUGCCCAGCUGACCGCCUUAAAUUCUUUGAGACUCUGCGACUUUUGCUAAAGCUUACAUCUGUCUCCAAAAAAAAGGAAAGAGAGCAGAGAGGUCAGGACAAUAACUCUUCUAUGUGGUUUAACCGUUCUAAUGAACUGUUUUGGCUGGAACUGCAAGCAUGGCAUGCUGGGCGUAGUAUAAAUGACCAAGACUUGUACUUGUACACAGCACGUCAGGCCAUCCCAGAUAUCAUUAAUGAGAUUCUUACUUUUAAAGUGAACUAUGGGAAAUUGCCUUCAGUUGGUUACAGUGGCAAACUUAAUGGGACAUUAGCAGAGGGGCAGUUCACAACAUCCCAUGAAACAAUAGGUCAGACAAGUUAUCAUGACCACAUUCAGAAGCAACGAGCCUCUUUUGAGCAGGUUAAACAAAUAAUGGAGCUGUUGGAGUACAUAGAAGCACUUUAUCCAUCUUUGCAGGCUUUGCAGAAAGACUAUGAAAGAUAUGCUGCAAAAGACUUUCAAGCACGGGUGCAGGCACUCUGCUUGUGGCUUAACAUAACUAAGGAUCUGAAUCAUAAACUUAGAAUCAUGGGAACUGUCCUAGGUAUAAAAAACCUUUCUGACAUUGGCUGGCCAGUGUUUGAAAUCUCUUCACCACGUCCUUCAAAUUGCCAUGGAGAUGAAGAUGAUAUGGAGCAAGAAGAAUGUGCAAGUGAAGAGCUAUCUGGACCUGGGACAGAUGAGAGUGAGGGCGAGGAGCUUUCUGAUAGCAUGUUGGAUGCUAGGCAAGAUCAUGUAAACAACCUCAACAGCAAGUUAAAGAUCCAUUUUAGCAAAAAGAACUACAAUUCACAGACAUUUGACAGAUUUAUGUCUGAGGAUGAAUCCUGCUGGGAGAAUUCAGAAUGCAGCCAUGAAGGUGGCUGUAAUAGACACUGUUUAACAUCCAUAUACAGGCCUUUUGUUGAUAAAGCUUUAAAACAAAUGGGUCUCCGGAAACUGAUUUUAAGACUACACAAAUUAAUGCACGGUUCUCUUAAGAGAGCACGCACAGCCCUAGUAAAGUCUGAUCGUACUCCAGAGUUUUCAGAAUUCCCUGACCUUAUGUUGUGCUCUGAUUACUUGCCUGACCUGUUGAGGCAGUCAUCUGGUUCCUCUCAGGACAAUGAACCCACGUAUGGUCCUGUUUCAUGGGAAGAGUUGGAGUCCAUGGACUUGCCGUCCUUUGAGCCUGCCUUUUUGGUGCUCUGCAGGGUCCUGUUAAAUGUUAUUCAUGAAUGUCUCAAAUUAAGACUGGAACAGAGACCUGCUGGAGAACCCUCACUUCUGAGUAUAAAGCAGUUAGUACGGGAAUGCAAAGAAGUGUUGAAAGGUGGACUUCUAAUGAAGCAAUAUUAUCAGUUCAUGUUAAGGGAGGUAUUGGAUGACUUGCAGAAGCUUGACUGCAACAUUGAUUCCUUUGAAGAAGAUCUACACAAAAUGUUAAUGGUAUAUUUUGAUUACAUGAGGAGCUGGAUCCAAAUGUUACAGCAUUUACCUCAGGCCUCUCACAGCUUGAAGAAUCUACUAGAGGAAGAAUGGAAUUUCACCAAAGAAAUCACCCCCUAUAUAAGAGGUGGGGAGGCUCAGGCUGGUAAACUUUUCUGUGAUAUAGCAGGCAUGUUACUUAAAUCUACUGGGAAUUUCCUGGAUUCUGGCCUGCAGGAGAGCUGUGAUGAAUUCUGGGCCAGUCCUGAUGAUAGCAUUGUUUCUGAUGAGAUUAGGAGAUCAGUUAUUGAAACAAGUCGAGCAUUGAAAGAGCUAUUUCAUGAAGCGAGAGAGAGAGCAUCUAAAGCACUUGGUUUUGCAAAAAUGUUAAGAAAGGAUUUGGAAAUAGCAGCAGAGUUUAUUUUCUCAGCUCCGAUAAGUGAACUCCUAACAUCCUUAAAAACAAAGGAUUAUGCUAAGGUGUUAAUGCCAAACCUGGAAAACCUCCAUGUGUUUGUACCCGAGACGGUUUGUCAAGAGAAGACUGUUAUCCUUCAAUUACUAAGUGCUGCAGCUGGUAUAGACUGUUCAAAGGACUGUGAGGAUAUGGCAUAUGAUGCUUUCCUAUUGAUGACCAAACAUUCUGGUAGAGAUGAGGAUGUAGAUGACCACUGGAGCAACUGGGAUGGGCAGACAGUGAAAAUAGUUCCUUCUGUGGAAACUGCUGAUACCCUAAGAAGUAUGCAGGUUGAUAACAUGCUACUGGUGGUUAUGCACUCUGCCCAUCUUAUAAGCCACAGAAAAACUUUUCAACACUCCAUUGAAGGACCUUUAUCUCUCCGCUUUGAACAGACAUCAAGCCAUCCAGUAAUUGCAGAGUCAUUACGCCAGCUCAAGAGUGAUGCUUUGCAACUUUGCCUUAAGAUCAGCAGUGCUAUUGACAGGGUUGAUCAGAUGUAUGCCUCUGAAUUUGAUCCAGAGGUUGAUGAGCCAGAGUCUGCCACCUUGCAUCAGUACUACCGAGAAGCAAUGAUCCAAGGUUACAACUUUGGUUUUGAGUAUCAUAAAGAAGUAGUACGUCUGAUGUCUGGGGAGUUCAGACAGAAAAUUGGUGACCGGUACAUAAGCUUUGCUAAAAAAUGGAUGAAUUAUGUUCUCACGAAAUGUGAAAGCGGACGUGGUACAAGACCAAGAUGGGCCACCCAAGGAUUUGAUUAUCUCCAAGCCAUUGAGCCAGCAUUCAUCUCUGCUCUGCCUGAAGAUGAUUUUUUGAAUUUACAAGCUCUCAUGAAUGAAUGCAUUGGCCAUGUUAUUGGAAAACCCCACAGUCCAAUCACAGGUUUGUACCUUGCUACUCAUCGCAACAGUCCUCGUCCUGUAAAGGUACCCCGAUGCCACAGUGAUCCACCAAAUCCAAACCUUGCUACCCCAACUCCAGAAGGUUUAAGCAAUCGGAGUAUCUCUGCUGAUAUGAAGAACCAUUCCGCUGCCGGUCGCCCCACCGCACACGGUAGCAACUUGGCUCAACAAAAAAACUUCAGCAAUUCAAAUGAUACCAGGGGUUCCAGCGUUCCUGAAAAUGAUCGCUUGGCCUCCAUAGCAUCAGAGUUGCAGUUUAGAUCACUUAGUCGCCACUCUAGCCCAACAGAGGACAGAGAAGAACCGUCAUAUCCAAAGACCGAUUCAGGAGGGUCAGCACGUCGUAGCUGGGAGCUUCAAACUUUUAUCAACCAGGCUAGAGAUACAGCAGCCAGGCAAAGACCAAUGGAUGCCAUUCAAAAAUCAGUCCUUUUAUUUGAAGAUGAGCGGUACAGGCAAAUGCGAAGUAAAAAUAUAAUUGGACAAGUCUGUGAUACGCCAAAAUCCUAUGACAAUGUUAUGCAUGUUGGAUUGAGGAAGGUGACAUUUAAGUGGCAGAGAGGAAACAAAAUUGGCGAAGGCCAGUAUGGCAAAGUCUACACUUGCAUUAGUGUUGAUACUGGAGAACUUAUGGCAAUGAAAGAAAUACGAUUUCAACCAAAUGACCACAAGACAAUCAAAGAAACUGCAGAUGAAUUGAAAAUUUUUGAAGGCCUUAAGCAUCCCAAUCUUGUACGAUAUUUUGGAGUUGAGCUUCACAGAGAAGAAAUGUACAUAUUCAUGGAGUACUGUGAUGAAGGUACUUUGGAAGAGGUUUCUAGGUUGGGCCUACAAGAACAUGUCAUACGACUUUACACAAAGCAGAUCACCAUCGCUAUUAAUGUCCUACAUGAAUAUGGAAUCGUUCAUAGAGACAUCAAAGGAGCAAAUAUAUUUCUUACAUCCGCUGGUUUGAUAAAACUGGGAGAUUUUGGAUGCUCUGUUAAGCUGAAAAAUAAUGCACAGACCAUGCCAGGAGAAGUGAACAGCACUUUGGGGACAGCAGCAUAUAUGGCACCAGAAGUGAUUACAAGAGCUCAGGGAGAAGGGCAUGGGCGUGCAGCAGAUAUCUGGAGUCUUGGUUGUGUUUUAAUAGAGAUGGUCACUGGCAAGAGACCUUGGCAUGAAUAUGAGCACAAUUUCCAGAUAAUGUACAAAGUAGGAAUGGGACACCAGCCCCCCAUUCCAGAUCGAAUAAGCCCUGAAGGGAAAGACUUCCUUUCCCACUGCCUGGAAAGUGAUCCAAAGAAGAGAUGGACAGCUAGUCAACUCCUGGACCAUCCAUUUGUCAAGGUUUGCACAGAUGAAGAAUGAAGCUGUUUUGUAAACGUGGCCUAAUGUAUUUCAGCAAGUCAUCUCCUAAUCACUACUGUAUGUAAUAUUUACAUAAAGACUUAAGCUGGGGCACACAGUGCAGCAUUGUAUAUAACCAUGACUAAAGACUGCACAGAUGACAUGUGUCACAACUCUUGCUGCUGCUCUUGUACAUGUUAUCCAUGUGACCACGUCCUGCACGUUUUAAUGAAGCUGCAUGUUUCGGUGAAGUGCCAUUACUACUGUACAUGGACCAUUAUUUUUUUUUUUAUCUCCCUUUUAUUUCUCAUAUGAUUGAGAACUGUAAUAAAAAAAUUUAGUACUGUUUUGAACU